AUCUUGGCCUAGGAGGGAGCGGGCCGCACGCGUGAGUAAACAUCCCGUGCCGGGAAAGUCGAGCUGUAGCUGCCGGCCGGUGUUUCGCUGCAGCCGGAGAGGACCCUGCCCCGGCCUUCGGACGUGGGAGGUGGCCAACAUGACGGCCCCGGGUCGGAGCCCCCUGGCGCCGCUGUUGGAGACGUUGGAGGACUCUUCCGCCUCCCCUGGAGAGCAGACUGACGCUUAUUUGGCCUUGACCAGUCGUAUGACUGGAGAAGAAGGAAAAGAAGUCAUUACAGAAGUUGAGAAAAAAAUUCCUCGGUUGUACAAAGUUCUAAGGACUCAUAUUUCAAGUCCAAACUUGGAGCUGAGUAGUGCUGCUCUACAGGUCUUGGGGUUUUGCUUGUAUAAUCCUAAAGUUACCUCAGGAUUAUCAGAGGCAAAUAUUCAGGAACUGCUUUCCAAAUUAAAUGACAUUGUUAAGAGUUCAGACAAAAAUGUACGUACCAGGGCACUUUGGGUCUUAUCCAAGCAGACGUUUCCUACUGAACUUGUUGGCAGAGUGGUAUCCAAUAUAAUUGAUUCAUUAGAAAUAGUAUAUAAUAAAGGAGAGAUACAUUCUGCCAUUGUUGAUUUUGAAGCAUUAAAUGUUAUCAUAAGGCUAAUUGAACAAGCCCCAGUUCAAAUGGGAGAAGAAUCAGUGAGAUGGGCCAAACUAGUUAUACCGUUAGUAGUUCAUUCAGCACAAAAGGUACAUCUACGGGGUGCAACUGCUUUGGAGAUGGGAAUGCCUUUGUUGCUCCAGAAGCAACAAGAAAUAGCAUCUAUUACAGAGCAGCUUAUGACUACUAAGUUAUUCUCAGAACUCCAGAAGCUAUUUAUGAAUAAAAAUGAGACCUAUGUAUUAAAAUUAUGGCCUUUGUUUGUCAAACUUCUUGGAAAGACCUUGCAUCGAAGUGGAAGCUUCAUCAAUUCUUUAUUACAGCUGGAAGAACUAGGAUUUCGUAGUGGAACACCUAUGAUUAAAAAAAUAGCUUUUAUUGCAUGGAAGAGCUUAAUAGAUAAUUUUGCAUUAAAUCCAGAUAUACUUUGUAGUGCAAAAAGACUCAAGUUGUUGAUGCAGCCUUUGAGUUCCAUCCAUGUGAGAACAGAAACUCUAGCAUUAACUAAACUAGAAGUGUGGUGGUAUUUAUUGAUGAGACUGGGACCUCAUCUUGCUGCUAAUUUUGAACAGGUUUGUGUGCCUCUUAUUCAGAGCACAAUAAGCAUCGAUUCUAGCGCUUCCUCUCGUGUAGCUACUUCUCCUGGUAUGAGUCCUAUGACUCCUGUACCCAAAGGUGCUUCCACUUAUGGAGUUCCUGUGACUCCCCGGAUGAACUUGAUCUCAAACUUAGGUGGAAUGGCCACAAUUCCUUCCAUUCAGCUUUUGGGACUUGAGAUGUUACUUCAUUUUUUGUUGGGUCCAGAAGUCUUGAAUUUUGCUAAGCAAAACAAACUUGUUUUGAGCUUAGAGCCACUUGAACAUCCCUUAAUCAGCAGCCCUUCUUUUUUCUCCAAACAUGCAAAUAUACUUAUCACUGCUGUUCAUGAUAGCUUUGUUGCAGUUGGAAAAGAUGCUUCUGAUGCAGUUCUCAGUGCUAUCUGGAAAGAGCUGAUUGGCUUGGUCAAGUCAGUUACUGAAUCAGGUAACAAAAAAGAGAGACCAGGUUCUGAGGUUUUGACUGUUUUACUAAAAUCUUUGGAAGGCAUAGUGAAGUCAGAAGUAUUUCCUGUUUCAAAAGCAUUGAUCCUCAUGGAAAUUGCGGUUAAAGGACUUCCCCAGAAAGUAUUAGGUUCACCGGCAUAUCAGGUUGCUAAUAUGGAUAUUCUUAAUGGAACUCCAGCUUUGUUCUUAAUUCAGUUAAUUUUCAGUAAUCUUCUGGAGUGUGGUAUAGCAGAUGAAAAGUUUUUUCUCAAUCUGGAAACACUUGUAAGCUGUGUGCUUUCUGGUCCAACUUCACCACUGGCUUUCAGUGACUCUGUUUUAAAUGUUAUUAAUCAAAAUGCAAAGCAGUUGGAUAACAAGGAACAUCUCUGGAGAAUGUGGAGUAUUAUAGUCACCCCAUUAACUGAAUUGAUUAAUCAGACCAAUGAAGUGAAUCAAGGUGAUGCCUUAGAACAUAAUUUUAGUGCCAUCUAUGGUGCAUUGACUUUACCAAUAAACCAUAUUUUUUCAGUACAGAAAUUUCCAGUGGCUACAAUGAAGACCUUGCUUAAAACUUGGUCAGAAUUAUAUAGAGCAUUUGCCCGCUGUGCAGCUUUGGUGGCAACAGCAGAAGAGAAUUUGUGCUGUGAGGAACUUUGUUUCAAGAUAAUGUCCAGUGUGGAAGAUGAAGACUUUAUAAAUUUGUUGUUUUUGGAUAGGAUCGUUCAUGUUAUUACUGUUAUGGUUGAUUGCAUUGACUUUUCACCGUAUAAUGCUAAAUAUCAGCCCAAAGUUAAAUCACCACAGAGACCUUCAGAUUGGUCCAAAAGGAAGAAGGAGCCCCUAGGGAAAUUGGCUUCUUUAUUUAAACUUAUUGUGAGAGUGAUCUAUUCUUUCCACACUCUGAGCUUCAAAGAAGUACAUUCUGAUACUCUACUGGCUAUUGGCAUCUCAGUCACCAACAUUAUUUCCAAUGUGCUUGGACAUAUUUCUUUACCUUCUGUAAUCCGAAAAAUAUUUGCAACUUUAACAAGACCUCUGGCAUUAUUUUAUGAAAAUGCAAAGCUUGAUGAAGUUCCUAAAGUUUAUGGUUGUCUGAACAACAAGUUAGAAAAGCUACUAGGAGAAAUUAUUGCAUGUCUGCAGUUCAACUACUCUGGAACUUAUGACAGUGAAUUUCUUGAACAACUCUCCCCACUAUUACGCAUAAUAUUUCUGCAUAAGAAUAAACAGAUUCGCAAACAGAGUGCUCAGUUCUGGAAUGCCACAUUUGCUAAAGUGACAACAUUGAAUUAUCCUGAAGAGUUAAAACCAAUACUGAGACAAGCCAAACAAAAAUUUCUGCUGCUUUUACCUGGUUUGGAAAACGUUGAAAUGAUGGAGGAAUCCAGUGGGCCAUUUUCAGAUGCAACAGAAAAUUCACAAUUAAAUCUGAAGAUAAGUGGCAUGGAAAGAAGAGGAAGUGGAAAAAGAGAUUCUUUGUUGUCACAAACAAAGGAUAAGAAGGAAAACAUGAAACCAUCAGGCAAACUGAAAUUAGAUUCUUCAUCUUCAAAAGUAAAGAAUGACAUGCCUUUAGAAGAAGAAAAAUCUACUGAUUUUGUGUUCAUCUCUCCAGAAGAAAAUGAAGCAAAGGAAAGAAUCUUAACUGAACAUCAAAAAGAAGUACUCAAAACAAAGCGAUGUGAUAUUCCUGCAAUGUAUAAUAAUCUGGAUGUUUCACAAGAUACCUUCUUAUCUAGUCAGUACAGUCAAGAAGAGUCUAUGGAAAUUUCUACUUCUACCAAAAAACCAAAGGAAGAUUCCAAGAUAAUGAUUAAGGAGGAGCAAAUUAAGAGUGACAUUGUCAGUUCUCAAGAUGUGAUGGAAAACUGUGGUAUGGAUGAAAAUCUUCAAAACACUCCCCUUUCAAAUAAUGAAUCAGGUUCUGUUGAUGAAACCAAUCCAAAAAUGUUGAGCGUUAAUAAUGCCAAAAAAAGAGCUUUAAUUUCAUCAAAGACCUCAACUGAAUGUACUUCUAAAACAGACAGCUCUUCUAUUGCCAACAGUAGCUCCAUUUCUAACACUACUAUAUCUGGAACUCCUCCACAGCCUACAAGUCGGAGACAAACUUUUAUUACCUUGGAAAAAUUUGAUGGUUCAGAAAAUAGACCUUUUAGCCCUUCCCCAUUGAAUGAUAUGUCAUCAACUGUUACAGUGAGAAAUAAUCAAGAAUACAUGAGUAAAUCAGACAGUGCAUCAAAGACAAAGAAAAGAGAAGUGACUCUUUCACAAUGUGACUCUGAAAAAAUAGUGAAUGGAAUUAAGAGAUCAGGCCGCAAAUGUAGUAAAGCUGAACAGUCGGGGAAUAAAAGAUCUAAGCCCUUAGUGAGGUCUAAUCAGGAGAAAAAUACUCAGGAAUCUGAAGGCAUAAUAGCUUUAGAAAAUAACCCAGCUUGUUUGCUUAAUCAAACCGAGUGUGUGUCAGAUAAUCAAACUCAUCUUUCUGAGUAUACAGUAGAAUAUGAAGAUGCAAAGCUUAAACCAACAGUAGAAAAUGUUGUAUUAUUAGAAAACAGUACUGUAGAAGAGACAAGCACAGAGACUAAUUUGGAUUUCAAAGAAAAUACACCCCCAGCAGUAAUACCAGCAGAUCAGAUGGUAAAUGAGGAUAGUCAGGUUCAGAUAACUCCAAAUCAGAAAACACUUAGGAGAUCAUCAAGACGACGCUCAGAAAUAUCUGAGUCUACCGCUGAUAGCCAAGAUAAAGAAAACAAUCAGAAAAGGGAAAGACGUAGUAAAGAAGAAGAAAAAACUCUGCAGAAGAGUCCAUUUCAUGUUAAAGAUGAUGUGUCGCCUAAGCAAAAACCGACUUCAGAACAAACUGUACAGGAAAAUUUAAUUGAGAAAGACAAUUUACUUGAGAAGACUUUGGGAGAAACCAGUGCUAAUGGUGAAAUUGACCAAAAUAAAAGAAAGUCAGACAUUGAGAAUGUUGCUUCUGAGGGAGAUGGUUCCCAGGACAUUGCAGAUAAGUCCUCUGAUAAACCAUUAAGGGGACGAACACGUUAUCAAACAAGAAGAGCAUCUCAGGGUUUGCUUUCCAGCAUUGAAAACUCAGAAUCUGAUAGUUCUGAGGCAAAGGAAGAAGGCUCUAGAAAGAAGAGAUCUGGGAAAUGGAAAAACAAAGGCAGUGACAGUGUUGACAUUGAAGAUCAAGAAGAAAAAACAGUAAAACAAGAAUGUGUGAAAGUUGAAAAUCAGACAGAUGAUUGUAAAGCAAGUUCAGAAGUCGAUUCAGAUAUAAAAUCUCAGAUUUCUGAAAAAGAUGACAGUACUGUAAUGCUUCAAGAUUCUACAGUAUCUUCAGAUUUAUCGCAUAUUUCUGAUGAUGUACCCAAUAUGCAUGAAGGGAAAAGUAAAACUACCAAAUGUGAAGAAUAUUACUUUACAAGCCCACCUGUGCCAGAAUCAAAUCUGAGGACUAGAAAUGCCAGUAAAAGAUUACAUAAGCGAGAUUCUGUUGAUGAUAACACUAUGGGAGAAUCCUCAAAAACUGGGACACCAGACAUUCCUUUGCUUUCUGAAAAAAGUCUACAAACCCUUGAAUGCCAACAUAAGAGAAGCAGGAGGGUGAGGAAAUCUAAAGGUUGUGAUUGCUGUGGGGAAAAGUCACAGUCUCAGGAAAAGUCAGUCAUUGGGUUAAAGAAUACGGAAAAUGAUGAAAAGAUUAGUGGGAUAAAAAAGAUUGUACAAACAGCUGUAACUGUAUCAGAAACUUCUCAUCUGUAUUCUGAAGCAAAAUUUGUUGAUGAGCAUCACAAUGUGAAUUUUCAUUUUGAUCUCAAGGAGGAGAAUGAUACUGCUAAUGACUUACUAGUUGUACCUGAAACUGACUUGAAAGCAAGUGUUAUUCAAGAAUCUCUUCCUUCUCAAGUAAAUUUUGAAGAGAGCAAUGACAGUGUUUCCAUUGAAGUGAAAAAUGUUGAAAGCCAAGAGCCAGCUAAUAAAAAAUUUAGAUCUGUUGGACCAUGUAUAGGUGAUCCCAAGAACAUUCAACAGAAAUGUUCCCCUUUUGAAACUGAAGAAGAAAAACUGGAGGGUGUCCCCCAAAAAGAGUCAACCAUUGUUAAUGACAAGAAUGCAUAUAAAGUAAUGGCAGACUCUAAUCUAGAGGAAAUGGAAGCUAUGAAAUUGGAUGGAGAAAACGAAAAACUUGAAGUUAGUUCCUCUGAGCAAGAGAAUGCCAAAGCUGAUUUGGUUGGAAAGGCAGCAGUAGCAGAAAAUAGUGAACGAAGUGAUGAAUCUGAACCAGACAAAGCUGAGAUACUGAAUACUGAAAAAACUGCAGCUGAGGGGUUUAAUGUGAGUAUUGGUCUUUCUGAGAAUACACAUAUAAAACUGGAUGCUCAAAACAAGACUCCUGAACAAUCAGUUGACGUAGGUGGAGGAAGGGAUGAAUCUAAUCAAGGCUCAUCUGAAGAGAUAAAUGCCAACCUGGACAGCUGUGAUGAAACAGUGAUCAGUGAGGUGAAUGCUGAAACUGACCAUGUCAAGGAAAUGGAGGACAGAGACAUGGUUAUGAAAAUCUCUAAUCCUGAAGAAGCUGAAAUAAAGAGGUUGAAUGUAGAAACUGACGCUGUUCCUGAUGCACUUGAAAUGAAUGCUGAGGAACAAAAGGUUGACUCUGAGAAAACAGAAACAAAUAAUGAACUUGAUGAACAAACGAAAUCAGAUGACAAUCAAAUGGUCCUGGAAAAUGAUACUUUACAGGAUGUUCAUCACACUUCAAAGAAAGUGGAGGAACCAUUACAGUCCUUGACAUCUGAAACUGCUGUCUCUGAACUGAUAAGAGAAGACAAUAAUGUGUCUCCUCAAAAAUUAAGGGAACUUGAUCCUUUACUUAUGUCAGCAAAUGAAAGUCCAAGUGGCAUGCAGACUCGUUGUGUGUGGUCUCCUUUGGCUUCUCCAUCCACCAGCAUUUUAAAGAGGGGACUAAAAAGACCUCAAGAGGAUGAAAAUUCAUCACCUGUUAACAAGGUUCGCCGUGUCUCCUUUGCAGAUCCAAUAUACCAAGCAGGAUUGGCAGAUGACAUUGAUAGACGAUGCUCUAUUGUUAGGUCCCAUCCUUUAAAUAACUCUCCCAUUGCAAAAAGUGUUAAAAUUUCACCCACUGUACAAUCUAAGCAUAAUACCACUUCAACCAAAGGAUUUCUGUCCCCAGGAUCACGUAGCCCUAAAUUUAAGAGCUCAAAGAAGUGUUUAAUUACAGAAAUGGUGAAAGAAUCUGUGCCAUGCCCAACAGAAAGUGUUUACCCAGCGUUGGUGAACUGUGCAGCACCAGUUGACAUCAUUUUACCUCAGAUUACAUCGAACAUGUGGGCAAGAGGCCUGGGACAACUUAUUAGAGCCAAGAAUAUAAAAACAAUUGGUGAUUUGAGUACUCUUACAGCUUCAGAAAUAAAAACUCUUCCUAUCCGUUCUCCAAAAGUGUCUAAUGUAAAAAGGGCACUCAGAGUAUAUCAUGAGCAGCAGGUGAAGUCUCAUGGACUAGAAGAGAUUCCAGUUUUUGAUAUUUCUGAAAAAACAGUAAAUGGAAUAGAAACUAAAUCUUCAGAUGAUGAAAGACUUGCUUCAGAUUUGGCUGAUCCUGUUACUUUAGAAACUCCAUUUUCUAAAAAUCUCAUGGCACAAAUUAGUGCUCUUGCUCUUCAGUUAGAUUCAGAAGAUCUCCAUAAUUAUUCAGGAAACCAGCUAUUUGAAAUGCAUGAGAAACUUGGUAGUAUGGCAAACUCUAUAAUAAAAAAUCUGCAGUCACGUUGGAAGUCACCAGCCCAUGAAAAUUCUAUUUAGUAUUUCAAGAGAAAACUGAAGCCUCACUGAAUUUCUUCUUGAUUGACAAAAUAAGUUCAGAAGUAUAGCACAAUUUCAAAGAGACUGUCGCAAAGAUGGUAAUGUUUCAAGUUUCAAAACACUGAGGGGCAAUAUUUUAUUAUGUAAGUUAGAUUUGUAAUUUCAUUAUGUUCUCCUCCCCCCCCCCCCCCCCCCGCCAUGUAGUUUUCCUGGCUGCUGUGCUGUUUUCAAACUUCAGUAUCUUACUAAGAUGUGAAACUAGAAACAAAAAUAUAGAUGUUUUGCACUUUCUUCAGCUCAUGCAUAUUCUAGUGAAAUAUGUAAUACUGAAUGCUUUAAGUGAAACAUUUUUGAAUUUUUGCUGAACUAAUUGUACAAAUUUGUAUUUGUGGUGAAAUUUAGGAAAUUGUUCUUUGAAAAGCACCUCAAAUGAGAUGUAAUCAAACUGUACCUUUUUCUUAAGAUAACAACUUAGGACAAUUUUUUAGGAAAAAUACCAGGAGUUUUAAUUUCUGGGGGCAAAAUAUUCAAAAUAUACUAAGAUUUCAUUCAUUAGCAAACAUUGUGCAGCAAAAGUUGCCUGUGAAAAUUUACUCUUUAGACGAUAGUAUUCAUUUUUAAAUGCACAAAUUUGUACAUUAUGUAUAGAUGACAAUAUUUUUAAUUUAUAAAUUUCAGCCUUCGUUAAUUGCAUGAAUUUUCUGCAGCUUCUGUGAAUACAUUGGUUUGACAGAUACGUUUUGUAUAUAUUUAAAACUGAAGUAUCAGUAGACAGAAGUGCUUCAUGGGCUUGCUGCAGAUACUUGUAGUAUUCUGUAUCUACAAAUAAAAUAGCACAUAGUUUUUUACUUAGUUAACAGAUGAGUUUAUUUUUUAAGGUAACUAGAAUGAGUAAAAUUACCAAAAUGAGAAAAUGUUACAUGACAACCUUGCUAUUCAGACGCUUAACAUUUUUCCCCCUUUUUGGUUUGGAAGAGGAUAUCACCCACUAGAAAGCGUGCCUCAUUAAAUUUCUUCUUAAUGGAGAGUUAGUUUGACUAUUGUCAUUGCAGGUUGGGCUAUAAGAAGUCUAAAGUUUAUCUGCUAUUGUCAUUUAUACCUAAAAACUUGAAAAAAGUUAAAUUGUUCUUUUAUAUAUGUAUGUUUUGCCUGGUUUAAAAAAAAUAGGGUGUAUAUAAUUAAAACAUUUUAAGUUUUAUCAACCUAGUAUUAAUGCCUGACUUCCUGUAUUCCUCUUUUUAACUGAGAAUAUAUCUCACUUAUUUUUCUGUCGGUGAAUUUCUAUGUCACACUUUAUUCAGAAUCUAACCCAUGGCAGCUUCUACAACAAAGUCAUACAGAUUUUAAUACUUUAGUUUAAGCUCUCCUUUAUACAGCAGGGACCACCAUCCAGCCAGUCCUUCUACAAGUGGAGUUUGUUUGAAAUCAUAAAUGUAUCAUCCUUACAACUACUUUUAGGUCUAAGUAUCAUAAAGCAAGGAUAGUUAUUAAAGAAAUUCUAGGGUCAUUGAACUAAGGAUUGUAGUUUGGAGAAAUAAUUAAUGGAAAACACUAAUUUAUAGAAACAAAAUUUUAUGCUCAUUUAUAGUAAGGAAACACAUGAGUUUUUUAGUGAUGUAUAUGUGCUUAGGGAAGGGGUAACAGGUUAUUUUAACACAGCUUAGUCAGAAAUCGCUUGCUCAUCUCAUGACUAUGUGCCUUAAUGUUUGUGUGAAUUAAACUUGCUCAUAAAAUGAAAUUCUUGGGAAACUUGGGCAUGUAGUAGAAAACAUGACUAAGAUACCAUUUACUGUUAAAUUACCAAAUUUGAUGUAAACACAAGUAAUAACUAAAGCAUUGUUUCAGUAUAAGUAUUAUUUGGGACAAAGGCUAACUUUAGUUAAUCUUUAUUAUGUAAGAUAUAUUUGAGGCACCUUAUUUUCAGUAUUCAUUUAAAUUUUUCAACAAAUUUCUCCAUUAGUGAUUCCUAUAUAAGAAAAUGAAUUAAUAUUCUUGGGUCAGCUCCAAUGUGUUAAACUACUAAAAUAAAAUCCAUUUUUUCAAAAGAUUUAUGCAUUUUUUAAUAAAAAUCUAGUGGCAUAUAUGUAUACAUUUUUUCACAUCUAAUGAAACCUAUAUUUCAUACAUUAAAAAUGUUAAGUGUUUUGCUGAACCUGUUAAAGAUUUUUGGACAGGUUUGAAAGUUGUUGAAUAUUGUGGGAUUUUACUCUUAGUUCCAAAUAGGAUAGGAUGAGCCAGAUUAAAUAAUACAGUGUUUUUUGUUUGUUUUUUUUUUUGUUUUGUUUUAAUUUAUUUGAAAGAAUUACACAGAGGGAGGAGAGGCAGAAAGAGAGGUCUUCCAUCCUUUGGUUCACUCCCCAAUUGGCCACAACGGCUUGAACUGUGCCAAUCCGGAGCCAGGAGCUUCUUCCAGAUCUCCCACAUGGGUGCAGGGGCCCAAGGACUUGGGCCAUUUUCCACUGCUUUCCCAGGCCACAGCAGAGAGCUGGAUCGGAAGUGGAGCAGUCGGGUCUCGAACCGGCAACCAUAAGGGAUGCUGGUGCUUCAGGCCAAGGUGUUAACCUGCUGCGCCACAGCGCUGGCCCAAGUCAUAUAGUUGCAGAUAGAAUUUAGGAGUUAAAGCUGCCACCUGUGACAUCAACAUGCCAUCAAGAUACCAGUAAGUAUCCUGGCUGCUCCACUUGGAUCCAGCUCCCUGCUAUUAAUGUGCCUAGAAGGCAGUGAAAAAUGGCCCAACACCCAUGUGUAAGACCCAGAGGAAGCUCCUGGCUUCUGCCUUGCUCAACCCUGGCCCUUGGGGCCAUCUGUGGAGUGAAACGUGUGGAAGAUCUCUCUAGCUCUUUGAAAUUUUUAAAAAGUGGAAUUUAAACCUGAACAUUGAGCAAUGUAGUUACACUGCCUAUGGAUAUGAAUUCUUUUUUUUUUUUUUUUUUAAUUCUUUUAGGUUUUUUAACCAUACCCUGAAUAUGUACAGAGCUUCUAGUGCAUAUUUUAAGAAUUAUAAAAAUGUCUAGAAUGAUUAGGGUGAGAAACAAAAUUGGAGUUCAGAUGUUGAGGUUAUAGGGCCAGCGCUGCGGCUCACUUGGUUAAUCCUCCGCCUGCAGUGCCGGCAUCCCAGAUUCUGUCCCGACUGCUCCUCUUCCAGUCCAGCGCUCUGCUGUGGCCUGGGAAGGCAGUGGAGGAUGGCCCAAGUGCUUGGGCCCUGCACCUGCAUGGGAGACCAGGAGGAAGCACCUGGUUCCUGGCUUCAGAUCAGUGCUGCGCUGGCUGUGGUGGCCAUUUAGGGAGUGAACCAAUGGAAGGAAGACCUUUCUGUCUGUAACUCUACCUGUCAAGUUAAAAGAUGGAGUUAUAUAAAUUGUUUUUUUGUUUGUUUGUUUGUUUUGGUAAAGAAGUUAUAAUAUGCUAGGGCUAGGAGACUAUAAAUACAGCCAUUGGUAUAUAUGGCUCAUGUGCUUGAUACCCCAACCAAAGUUCGUUUUGUUCCUGUCAUUUUAUUUGUCCCUGUGUUACAUUUGAUACACAAACGUUAGUGUGAAUUUUUAACAGUGCUUCUCCAGCUUGAAUAAGUGUAAGAAUGCAGGUUAUGAUUCAGUGGUUCUGUGAUGGGACCUGAAAGUCUACUUUUCUAGUCAACUUGCAGAGGUUUAGUACCGAGUUGCAGUUGAUAGACCUAAAAUAAUCCAGGGAGUUUUAAUCUUUAAAGUUAACGGUACAGAAGAUGAUAGCUAUGCUUCUUACACUUUUUUUUUUUCCCCAAGAUUUUAUUAACUUGAGAGUUACAGACAGAUCUUUGAUCCACUGUUUUGCUCCCCAAAUGCCUGCAGUGGCCAGAGCUGGGCUGAACUGAAGCCAGGAGCUUCCUCCAGACCUCCUGUGCGGGUGCAGGGGCCCAAGCACUUGGGCCAUCAUCCACUGUUUUCCCAGGCCAUAGCAGAGAGCUGGAUUGGAUGUGGAGCAGCCGGGACUAGAACCAGCGCCCAUAUGGGAUGCCAGCGCCACAGUCAGAGGCUUAGCCUACUAUGUCACAAUGCCGGCCCCUACAUUUUUCAAAUUAUCACUGGGGAUACAAAUUGGUCUCAAAGUCUUCAUAUUAAAAAUCAAGAUCUUAAGAAAAGGGUACAAUAUUGCCUCUUUGAACUUUUCGACUUUUAAAUUUUUAUUUUGAAGACAGAUCCCAUUCACUGGUUCACUCCCCAAAAUCCUGUAAAUGUCAGGUCUGGACUAUGACCGGAGCCAAGAGCCGAUAAUUUCAAUCCAGGCCUCCCAUGUGUGGCAGAAACCUAACUACUUGAGCCAUCACCACUGCUUCCCAGGGUCUGUAAUAUCAGGAAGCUGCACACAGGAGCCAGAGCUGGGGAGGAAUCCCAGGUAUUCUGAGGGAUAUGUGUUAUUGGCUAUGGCUUGGCACAGCCCAGUUAAUGGCUGUUGGCCGACAUUUGGUGAGUGAAACAGAUGGAAGGUCCUGUCUUGCCCUCUGCGUGUCACACUGUCUUUCAAAUAAAUAGAACUUAGUGUUGCACUGCAGAUUAACAAAGGCAGAGGCAGAAUGAGCCGAAAAUGUAAUAGUGCAGUUAUGCCAUUUAGUAUAGGAACAAGCAAUCUUAACAUUGGUAAUAGUUGGCAGCCAGUGGUCACAAGAGCUAGUGCAAAUGUAUAGCAAAGUACAACUGAUGUUCAUGAAUACCUUGAGUGGUUAUCUAAAAUGUGCAUUAACUUAAUAUUCUGCCUCCUCCCAAGAGCAAAACACUUUUUUCCAACAAAAAGCUUUGUACUUAUUAAAUGGAUUAAUGGCAAAUGACUUGGAAGUUCACUACCUUCAAAAUGAAGGUGUCAUGGAGUACACUUUAGUAACUUAAAUUUAUAGAAUGUGCAGCAUCUAAAAGAAAUUUGGAAUGAAGAAUAGAAUCAGUUCUGAAUGUAGAAAUCAAAGGGUGACAGUGAUUUGUAGAGCAGGGGUCAAUAAAAGCUGAACAUUGUUUUUUAAAAUGUCAGUGAACUAAGACUUUUUACAGAUUUGAAGCAGUGAGAGACGGGUGAAAAUAGGUAAAAUUAACAUUGAAGUGUUCAGAAGUCAUUUUUUUGGAGCACUGUCAGGCUUAUUUGCAUUGUUUUUGGCCUUCUUCCUGGUAUAGUGGCAGAAUUGAUUAGUCUGACAGACUGCCCUGCAAGGCCUGAAGUAUUUGUCACUUUACAGAGUUUGUCAGUGGUGUGCUAUCAAUUUGAUUAUUUGGCUUUCAUUGGCAGAAUCAGGUCUUGAUUCUUUUAUUUCUGUAACCGCUGUUUAGGUUUCAUUUAUAGAGGGGGUUCCCCUGAUUAUAUUUGUGUCUUAGUGUUGUGCAAAUACAGGCAAACUAGGAGGUGUUAGUACAUUUUAGUGUGUUUUCCUCAAUUUUCAGUGUAAUUAACGUUUUUGCUAUGGUCUUAAAGGGAAUCUCGGUGGUUUGGGCCAAUAUGGAGAGGUGUUUGGCACUGAGAUCUUAAAUUAUACUUGUGAAGUAAAUUGGGGUAUAGUAGUUUGUAUUCUAGGUUGUUGAUUUGUCAAUUGCUUUCAGCGUAUCUUAAACACUACCUCCUGUGUGCAUAGCCCUGAUAAUGCACUUAGAAAAAGUGACAGAAAACGAGUCAGUCGCUAUAGUAUUUUUGUCUCCAUCACUUGGUAAACUCUAAAAAGCUUAGUUUUGCAUUCACAAAGUAUUUAUAUUUGAUAUGACUUUCAAAUGAUUAAGUUGAAGCAACAAAUACUGAUUGAUCCAUAAGUUAACUCCACUAGAGGGUGGGAAAUGUGGGUGUGGUCUGUUUCGAGUGUGUAGUACUUUACACUGUGUUUAAAGCAGAUAGUCCCACACUAUUUCUGGUUCAUUAUCACUGUUAAGGGAGGGAGAAUCUUUCAUUAAAAGUUGACUGUUACCACUUGACUGUUGAAACUGGAUAUUGAAACAUUUUUACAGAAAUGCACUUUUACCUGAAAUAAAACUA